AUGUCUUUAGGCUCAUCACUCACUGCACGAAAUGAUAAUUCAGCAUCCUGGCAAUCACCAUCUGGUGAAUUUGCUUUUGGUUUUCGACAGAUUGGAAACGACGGUUUCUUACUAGCCAUCUGGUUCAAUAAGGUACCAGAUAAAACCGUAGUGUGGUCAGCCAAUGGAAAUAGUGUUGUGGUGCAAGGAUCCAAAGGUGAACUCACUGCUGUUGGCCUGUUGCUGCUCAAUGAUAUCGCGACAGGCAAAGACACGUUGGUAGCUUCAGUAGGUACUGGGGUUGUUACAUACGCAGCCAUGCUAGACACUGGAAAUUUUGUGCUGGCCAACGCACAUUCGAACAGUUUGUGGGAGAGUUUUGGUCAUCCAACCGAUACAAUCCUACCCGCACAGACAAUUAAUCAAUGUAGCAGACUAUAUGCUCCCUAUACGUCAACAAAUUACUUGAUGGGUAGAUUUCUGCUUACACUAGAAUCUGAUGGAAAUCUCAAGCUUUCUACAACAAAUUUCCCCCAAGAUUAUCCCUAUUACGGUUAUUGGAAUUACACCGAUACUCUGCAUAGUGGCUUUCAGGUCAUCUUCAACCAGUCUGGCUCUGUUUACCUCACUGCAACAAAUGGAACAAUACUCAAGGUGGUAUUACCCUACACAUUUUUUAACCAAGAUUUAUACCAGAGAGCAACUCUUGACUAUGAUGGAGUAUUGAGGUACUAUGUAUUUCGGAGAAGCAAUGACUCAAGUGGCGGAACAUGGUCUGCAUUGUCCUUCAUUCCCUCGAACAUCUGCAUGAGUAUCGUGCAAAAGCAAGGCGGGCGAGCGUGUGGCUUCAACAGCUUAUGUAAUCAAAACCAAGGUCGACCGAUUUGCCAGUGCCCAUCUGGUUAUACCUUGAUGGAUCCACAUGAUGCGUUGAAAGGCUGCAAACCGAACUUUGUUCCACAUAGCUGUGAUGGGGCCUCGUCGGAGAGUGAUCUUUUCUAUAUGCAAGAGAUGCAAAACGCGAAUUGCCAGGCAUCUCAGUAUGACGAGUUUUAUGGUGUAACUGAGGAUUGGUGCAGGCAGGCAUGCAUGCCUAGCCGAUUGUUUAUGUGA